AUGUGGCCGCGGACACGGCUCCGGCACCGCGCGCCCCGGCGCUGGGCGCUGGCGCUGGCGCUGCUGGCCCUGGGCGGCGCAGGGCUGUGCCUCGCCGGCCCGCAGCCCGCGCAGCCCGUGCAGCCCGCGAGGCCGGGCGCCAGGAACAAGAACUGGUGCGCCUACAUCGUGAACAAGAACGUGAGCUGCUCCGUGCUGGAGGGAAGUGAGAGUUUCAUUCAGGCUCAGUACAACUGUGCCUGGAACCAGAUGCCCUGCCCGUCCGCGCUGGUGUAUCGUGUGAACUUCAGACCCAGAUAUGUCACCAAGUACAAGACAGUGACACAGUUGGAAUGGAGGUGCUGCCCUGGCUUUAGAGGGGGAGACUGCCAGGAAGGUCCCAGGGACCCUGUGAAGACUCCCCGCCCCACACCUGCCCGACCUCGAAAUAGCAUGAAGAAAGCCACAGAUAAUGAACCAAGCCAAGUCUCAGAGCCCAAGAAGACUUUGUCACCAACUCCUGCAGCAGCAGGACCAGGUCAAAUGGUAGAUCCAAAACAGGGGCCACAAGAACUUCAGGAAAAGAAAAUCCAGGUGCUUGAAGAGAAGGUUCUCCGACUCACAAGAACAGUUCUUGAUCUCCAGUCUUCCAUUGCUGGAGUGAAUGAAAACCUCAAACAUGCCAUUCAGGACGAUGCCAGCAAAAUGUUGGCAUCAUGGCUCAGUAACCUGCACCCCCAGCCAGUGCCUGACAGUGCUGUUGGUGGAGACACAGAAACUGUCCAGCUUCCUGAUGUCCUCAACAAUAAGGAAUCUGGCAUGAAGGACAUCAAGUCUGAAUUGGCUGAGGUCAAGGAUGCUCUGAAGACCAAGAGUGACAAGCUGGAAGAGUUGGAUGGGAAAGUAAAGGGGUAUGAAGGACAGAUCAAACAGCUCCAGGAAGCUGCCCAGGGCCCUACGGUGACCAUGACUACCAAUGAACUCUACCAAGCCUACGUCGAUAGUAAGAUUGAUGCCCUGAGAGAGCAGCUCAUAGAGGGAAUGGACAGAAAACUGGCUGAUCUGAAGAACUCGUGUGAGUACAAGCUGAUCGGUCUCCAACAGCAAUGUGAUGACUAUGGGAGCAGCUACCUAGGAGUGAUUGAGCUUAUAGGGGAGAAGGAAACAAACCUGAGAAAAGAAAUAAAUGAUCUUCGAGCCCAGAUACAAGCUCCUUCAGCUCAGUCAAAUUGCUGUGGUGGUGAAAAGAAUGGUGACUUUGGGCAACAGAUCAGGAUGUUAGAUCAGAAAAUCGAAAGAGUUGCUGAAGCCACCAGAAUGCUGAAUGCACGACUGGACAAUGAAUUUGACCGCCUUGUAGUUCCAGAGCCAGAUGUGGACUUCGAUGCAAGAUGGAAUGAACUAGAUGCAAGGAUCAAUGUGACAGAGAAGAACGCAGAAGAACAUUGCUUUUACAUUGAAGAAACCCUUCGGGGGACCAUUAAUGGCGAGGUAGAUGACUUGAAACAACUUCUUGAUCAGAAAAUACUGUCUUUGGAAGAACGCCUGGGUAGUGUUCUCCUAGAUGUGGCCAACAGCACCGAAGCAGGACUCACUGCCCCAGCCUCAGGCUUACCGGGUGUGUCAGGGGCUAGGAACAAACAGGUCAUGGUAGAGUUAGACAACCUAAAGAACAAAGUUCAAGUUGUUGAAGAUAUUUGCCUGCAGAACUUUCAGAGAGAGCCUCAUGGGAUAGAAGAUACUUUGCCAAGUGGAGAAGACCACAUAAUGGAUGAUAGUUUGAACCUUUUGAAAUCUUUAAAUGAUACAAUGCAUAGGAAGUUUCAAGAAACUGAACGUAGCAUCCAGAAACUUCAACAGGAUUUUAGUUUUCUUUAUUCCCAACUAAACCACACAGAAGACAAUGUGAAUAAUCUCCAGAAUGAACUGAGCAAUUGCAGAGAAGGUAAAAAUGUUGCAGCGGGUGGGUUUUCUAAGGGGGGUGAGCAAGAAAGGACGGUGGAACCUCUCCCAUCUCCCCGGGACCCCAUGGCUCAUUGCUGCAGCCAGCUAGAGGAGAGGUGGCAGCAGCUGCAGAGCCAAGUCCUUUCUGAGCUGGACACUUGUAAGGAAAAUACUCACGGGGUCCAGAGGGACAUCUCUGUGGUUGAGAGCAGGGUGUCUCAAAUGGAGAAAACCUGCAGCAAACUGGACUCCAUCUCAGGAAGUCUUCAGAGGAUCAAGGAGGGACUCAACAAGCAUGUCAACAGCCUCUGGAGUUGUGUCAGGCAGAUGAAUGGGACACUCCGGUCACAUUCCAGAGACAUAUCUGGCUUAAAGAAUUCAGUCCAGCAAUUCUAUAGCCAUGUUUUCCAGAUUUCUACUGACUUGCAAGAUCUGAUCAAAUUUCAGCCAUCAGCAACGGAGGAGCCCCCCGAAGCGCCCCCGCCCCGAGGAAAGGCUCCGCAGGCGCCUGGACAGCCCUUGCAGCCGGAGCUGGUGGAGGCGCCCACGGAGGCCUCUCAUCCCAAGCCGACCCCUCUGCUGAGGCCCAGCGCCCCCCCGCUUCCCGAGGACCCCAGGAAACGGCCGCACCCAGGCCAGCGGCCUGUCCUGCCCCAGAGACCCCCGAAGCCGCUGUCCCCACCAGUGUGGCCGGGCUGGGCAGGGCUGCCCUUCUUGCCUGGCUCCACCGGGGUCAUGACGGAGACUGGCGAGGCCGGGCCUCCAGGGAGGACGGGCGUGUCGGGGAGGGGCCUGCCCCAAGGCGUGGAUGGCCAGACCGGGCAGGGGCCCAUCCCCAGCGCCGAAGGCUUCGCGGGAGCACCAGGAUACCCCAGCGCCCCUCCGGUGGCCGCCCCAGGGGCUCCGGUGCCCGCUCUCGUGGCUUUCUCCGCGGGGCUCACCCAGAAGCCUUUCCCCAGCGAUGGGGGUGUCGUCCUCUUCAACAAAGUGCUGGUCAACGAUGGAGAUGUGUACGACCCCGACACCGGGAUCUUCACGGCUCCGUAUGACGGGCGUUACCUCAUCACAGCCACCCUGACUCCUGAGAGGGAUGCAUACGUGGAAGCCGUCCUGUCCAUCUCCAAUGCCAGCGUGGCCCAGCUGCAUACAGCCGGCUACAGGAGGGAGUUCCUGGAAUACCACCGGCCCCAAGGGGGCCUGCACACCUGUGGGGGCCCGGGCGCAUUCCACCUCGUCGUGCACUUGAAGGCAGGAGAUGGCGUCAACAUUGUGGUGACUGGGGGCCGCUUGGCCCACACAGACUUUGACGAAAUGUACUCCACGUUUAGUGGGGUUUUCUUGUAUCCUUUCCUCUCUCCCCUCUAGGGUGGCCGGGGCGAGCUACGGGGAACUAGUUGUGAGGACUUCGGAAGCUUUAAUAUAUGCAGUUUAUUAUGUAUGUAA